AUCCGAGGCGGCCCACGUGACCAGCCCAAGAUGGCGGCCCCCGCAGGAGGCGUGUGACCCAGGGCGAUCCGCGCGACCUCGGCGGGGUCGGUGGGCUGGUCGGGGAGGCCGAGCGAGGAGAGACCGUCUGACCGUCUAGCAAACAAGAGAAGCGCCUAUAAAAUAGAUUAAAAUGGCAGGGAAAGAAUUUUGGGACCAUCCUAUGGGGGAAAAAAUCAAUAAUCCGAGAAGAAUCCCAGAAACCAGCUGGCAGAAGAUGUUUGAAAGGCUGCCUCAGCAAGAUCAAAAUUUCUUCCAAAGUGGAGGCUUCCCCCUUGCCCUCAAUUCAAGUCUCAUUGCCUUAAUAUCUAAUAACUCAUUUAGAAAGAUUCUGCAUGUCACACAGGCUCGUUAUUCAACAGUUGCAGCCAUGUCAGUAUUACCACUCAUCACAACUGCAGUUGCUUAUGAGGCCUUCGUAAAUCACUCUUUGAGGACAGGUAAUUUAAAUUGUGAAAUCUGUGCUAUGGUGAGAGGUGGUUUAGUAGGAGCUGUCAUGGGCUUUUUCUACCCCGUCAUUCUAGCGCUGCCUCUGAAUGCAUUGCUGGCUACAAGGUACUAUACUGCUCCCUUGCCAAACAAAGACAAUGCAGUGCGAUUCUGGGUCUUGCUUAGUAAACCAAUUUUCAAAAAGAUGAGGUUUGCUGCUUUGAUCCAAGUUGCUUUUGGCGCGUACCUUGGCUCAAAACACUUCGACAUAUAUCUCAAAGUGAUCCGCAUGCCUGAACCUGGAAGGGAUCCCGAGGAAAUCGGAGAAUAAACCUUUAAAAAGGUG